AUGGAGUCUUUGAUACAAGCAAGUAAUAUUGACUAUUUCGAAGCUGUCGAUGGAUCACGAGCAGCUGAGGCAUUGGUCACCUCAAUCCUGAUUAAUGGACGUGGUCGAUAUUUUGAUCCACGUGCACAGAAUGACAGUUCGAGCACAACACCAUUCGAAUAUCUGAAUAUGGCUUCAGCAUCCAGCAGUGCCACUUAUCGCCUGCGUUUGAUCAAUGGCGGCAGUGUACUCUCACUGAAAUUCUCUAUCGAUGGUCAUCCAUUAACAGUGAUUGCAUCCGAUGGUAUACCAUUUGCACAACCAGUAAUAGUUGAUCAGGUGAUUAUCGGUGUUGGAGAACGAUAUGAUAUUUUAAUCAAAGCUGCAACAGACAGAACAAGGAACUAUUGGAUUAGAGUCGAUACAAUGGACAAAAACAACAAUCCGCGAUGGCACGCUCAAGCAAUUUUGAAGUACACGUCUGUCACGACCAUACCAACAACGGAACCACGAAACUGUACAACAGCUCAGCCAUGUCUCAUUCUGAACUGUCCUUUCACUCAAUAUGGUCCUAAAGAGGUUGAUAACGCUAUGUCACUCGUUUGUUUGACUCCGCACAAUAUAACAACUCAUGAAGAUCAUCUUGAUCGUGGUCUCUUGGAUGAAACAGUAGUGCCUAACGUCCGAAAAACACUUCAAAUGACCAUGGUUGAGGGCACUGAUGAACGAGCCGCCUUUGAAUCAUUCAAUUACAUAGGCAUGCAAUAUCCACCGAUAGAUACACCUAUUCUCUACGAUGCUAAACGUGCUCGAGAACAAUUUGCCUGUUCCAAUCGUUCUUUGGGCGAAGAUACGGGUGAGAGAUGCUAUCAUACGGUUAUGGCUCGAUAUAACGAUAUCGUGGAAUUUCUUCUUAUCAAUCAUGAUGACGAUCAACAUCCUCUCCAUUUGCACGGUUCCUAUUUUCAUAUUGUUGAGCAAGGUCUAGCUUCAUUAAAUCCAACAACUGGUGAGUUUCUUGCGAACAAUCCCAAUGUCGACUGCAAUGAACAUGCAGAAUGUAAAUGCACGGAAACAACUGAAGCUUGCAAGAAAAACAAUAUGCGUUUGGUAAAGGAUACAGUGCAGCUAUCCAAAGGAGGGUAA